AUGCCUCUUUAUCUUGGAGAUACGUUUCCCAACUUCGACGCCGAGGCCUUUGGUGCCGAAAACUUCAACCUCUACGACUACUUAGGCAACAACUGGGGUAUUCUGUUCAGCCACCCAAACGACUUUACGCCAGUCUGCACCACUGAGUUGGGAGAAGCUGUGAAGCUGUGCCAAACCUUCAAGGACAAGAGCUGCAAGCUCAUUGGUUUUUCCUGCAAUGACGCAGAAAGUCACAAAGAGUGGGCCAAAGAUAUUGCGGCUUUUUCCGGUUUUCAUGGAGACUUGCCGUUUCCUAUGAUUUGCGACCCCAAGCGAAAACUUGCUACUUCCCUCGGCAUAAUGGAUCCACGAGAGAAGGACAAGGCUGGAAUGCCGCUCACGUGUCGCUGUGUCUUCUUUAUAAGCCCUCAAAAGAAAGUGGCGGCUUCCAUUCUGUACCCAGCAACGACUGGGAGAAGCUUCAAGGAAAUUCUCAGAGCGCUUGAUUCCCUUCAGCUGACCGAGGAAUAUCCAGUAGCCACUCCCGUGGAGUGGACGGCCGGCGAGCCAUGCUGCGUUCCUCCGCAGCUGUCUGAGGAAGAGGUGAAAAAGAGGCUUCCCAAAGGAGUGCGUACCAAAGAACUUCCCUCUGGAAAGACGUACAUCAGGUAUACUCCCGACCCUAGGAAUUAA